CUUCUGCAGCGCCACACUCGCAAUCCUAGCACAGCUGAAAGACGGUAAGACUCGUAGGCCUGGAAGAUCGGCAAGGUAGGCAGCAAAUGCAUCUCGACCACUCCGCCGUCGAUCAACGGCCCGUGCUGAGCUCCAAAUGGUUUCGUCUGGCAUUCCGAGUCACAACAUCAUCUUCUGAGACAGUUCGAGAAUCAAAUACCUUACACGAGAGCAGCGACCGUGAUGUGGGCGAACAUCAUCAAGAAGAACACUUUGCAUUAGCCAUCCUCCAUCAAAUAGCAGAACAUGUCUAGCUGCUGGCUCGUUACGUUGUGCAAGCGCUCACUACAUGCAAGCUAGACGCCUAUCAAGCAAUCGUAGGUAUCGAGCACAUCAACUCGUGGAAUGAGUACUUUCACAACAAGCAGAUACAACACCAUCGCACUCUGCUGUUCCAGACUGGAUCGCGCUCCAGGGCAGACCUCCCCGACACCAGCCUUUGUGCGAGUUGAAACAAGUAUACCUCUGGAGUUAUUGACGACAAGUGCCACAAUAGAUCGAACCAAGGCGUUCAGUGCGCUCACACAGACUGAACAUUGCUACAACCGAGAUUAUCUCACCUCUCGACGAUGUGCAUCGCGACAAAGUGCCGGAACACAGGUGCGCACGUGCCAUUGACAGAUAUAUCCUUUUGCAGUGUGUUGGCGAGGAAUCGCUUUAUAAGAAGGCUGAACAUGGCAACCACCCUCAUCAAAGCAACACAGCAAUUCGCCAACUCAGCGAGCCCACAUCAUAAUGCAUUGCACCUAUCGACACCCAGACCGCCUAUAUACCUCAGAGGUAUUCCAGGGCGCGGUGUUACGCUUUCCAGACGACAGCCUGGUACAUAGAUUCAUCAAUGAGCGCGUCCAUUACCGCAAUGAAGCAGACGACCAAAAGCCAUACCGAAUACUAGAUCCUUACUGGGAUAGAAGAAAAGCGCUCCCAAGCACUGGCCCUUACGACCAUCCAAUCGUGGUUCUAUCUCGACCUCGAGAAGAUCCCGAUCACAUCGUGUUCGCAGUGAUGACAACAACACUGCGCAAGGCAGACCGACCUCGCGGGAUUUUCACACGUGAACGUGAUUACGUUGCAGUCUAUCCCUCAUCUCCCAUCACAAAGUACUUUCCUGGGUCGCAUGGUUUGAGUGGUGCCGUGCUUGAGUUUUGCGGACGAAGAAAUACGCGCAAGAGCGAUGUCUGUAUCAACCCCAUCUUUUGUACGAAAUGGCGUAAUUGCACUCGAUGGAAGGAUGACUCUGGCACAGUCGGCGGCUGGGCACUCAAUCCAGAAUCUGUCACUGCCGUGCUCGACCAUGCCAAAGCGCGCCUAAGGUACUCUCCUGACGUAAAUCAGUUCAGGCCACACUAUGGGAUAAAGUCUGCGGCAGCUUCACAGUUGCAGCGAAAGAACAUUGCAAUUCGUCCCAAGGUUCUAAGAACUUAA